AUGCUGGUCCGUUCUGUGAUUUUAUUCAUGAUUUCUAUCUUCAACGGCGCCCAUUGGGUUAUCGAAAAUCCUUCGACAUCACUUAUCUUUGAAAUGCCUCGAUUCAAGACGUUCAUCGAGCGGUGGGGUGCACAUGCUGUGAACAUGUGGCUUGGUAUGUAUGGAGCCCCCACAUGGAAGAUGGUGAAGAUCUUCAGUUCAGAUCCAUUUAUCUACCGUCUCUUCAGGAAGUUGGACCGAACCAAGUUCCCAAAGUCCAAUACCACAAUCCGCUACGUGGAUCGCAAUGGGAAAAUCAAAUUCAAAGGGAGUCGCACACUCAAAGCAACCCAAGUCUAUACCCCAGCCUUCGGCAGUGCAGUGUAUCGCAACUUCACCACCUAUGCCAAUUGUGCUCCGGAGCUUCGCCAAGACCUAGAUUUCGAAGAUGACUGGGAGGAUGCUAAGUUGCUUGGGUUUAACAUGCCCGUGGUUCAGAAUUCACCUUUUUCUUACUGUAGUGGCCAGAGUUUAAGCUUCUUCUCAUGA